GCAAAGCAUCCGGACAGAGGAUGCAUUGUUUUCGGGCACUCGAUUGGCUCUUGGCUUGUGACGCAGCAUCUCAAGCUAGCUUCCAAUGAACUCUUGGUGAAUCUUCGGCAUGUUGUGCUGGCCAUGCCAUACUUGGAGUACGACUAUGGCGGCCGGCAGACACUCCUUUUCCGAUUGACGGCUGCAUCUGCGCUGGUUAGAUUCCUGGCGCUGACUGCCACUGCGGCACCGCGGUGGCUCAAACAGCUCCUGGCGAUGAUAAUGAGCAGCUCUCCGCAAGGUAGCUAUGCGCAUGAAACCACAAUCGCCACGUUCCUUCAACAACCGCACCAUUGGUCGAUGGUCAUGGGGCUCCUGCGCACUGAAUGCCCGCGGCUGGAUCCGCGGAGCGCAGGUCAUGGCCUAGCCGAGUUCAGCGAGAUUCUGAAACGCGCUGGCCGUCCGCACAUCUCAGCCCUCUUUACGAAGGCUGACAUGUGGGCGCCGAUGACCCACUACCAUGCUCUCAAAGGUUUGCUGUCCUCUGGCUCCGAUGAAGUCCUCGAUUUGGCUACGAACGUUUGGAAGACCGCCAAGCGGCCGCCAAAGCACGAGUUCGUGCUUUCAGUCGCCCACCACGAG